AUGUCCAAUACUAUUGCACUCUACCCGCUUUCCAACUUCACGUUCAGUACCAAAGAGGCGCAACCCGAAGAAGACCCAUCAGUGGCCGCACGACUGCAACGCUUGCAGAACAACUAUGAGGAUUGGGGUAUGCGCCGGACGGUUGAGGGCAUUCUUGUCGUGCACGAUCAUGGACACCCGCAUAUCCUCAUGCUGCAGAUUGCGAACGCGUUUUUCAAGCUGCCUGGCGACUAUCUCAAACCCGGUGAAGACGAGAUCGAAGGACUGAAGCGUCGGCUAGACGACCGCCUUGCGCCUCCGACGAACUCAAGCCAGUUCAACGCUUCGCACGGCGUGGACAACGAAUGGGAGAUUGGCGACUGCCUCGCGCAAUGGUGGAGGCCGAACUUUGAAACGUUUAUGUACCCUUUUAUUCCGGCGCAUAUCACCAAGCCGAAGGAGUGCAAGAAGCUAUUCCUCGUCCAGAUGCCCGAAAGAAAGGUCCUCGCGGUCCCGAAGAAUAUGAAGCUUCUUGCCAUUCCUCUGUUCGAGCUUUACGACAAUGCGGCAAGAUACGGUCCUCAGUUGUCUGCCAUCCCUCACCUGCUCUCUCGGUAUAACUUCAUUUACCAGUAA